AUGUCUCUACAGAGCUUAAGAUAUCUUGUAUCAAAUCUAGUCUCAGCCGUUUCAAAACAGAAACUAUUCCCCUUGGAAUCAUGUAUCUUGUUCGAUAAACAAGAAGGACAGCAAUGGCUUGAACUUAUGACAUUCGAUCCCGUUUUUCUGCAUACGAUAGUAUUCACAACACUCACCUACCAUGACUCGCUUUUAGGCCGCCAAGAAUGCGCACCUACGAAUACACAGAUAUCGUUGCACUUCACAAAGACACUUCGCCUUUUUCGUGAAAGACUAAUACUUGAGGAUGACGGAGCAAAAUUCUCAGACAUAACGAUAUUUAUAGUCCUUGGUCUGGCCAUCUACGCCUACCUGACUGGGGAGCGUAAAGCUGCAGAGUAUCACCUUUCUGCCCUGCGCACCAUCAUAGAUUUCAGAGGUGGGUUAAGUGUCUUUUGGCAUAAUGAGAAGCUUCUUUUUGAGCUCUUCAGAUGUGAUAUAGGCCGAGCUCUCAAUAACGGAUCAACGCCAUUCUUCUUCUACAACCCUUUAGUAGAGCCAUUCCCACCAUAUCCAGAGGAAGAACUACUACUUGGCUUUUUGGGAUCCGACACUCAAGCCACACAAGGCAACAAACACAAAUUCCUAGAUGAGGUUGAUAAGGACUUAGCCAAAGCCUGGAGUAUCGUGGAGCAAUUCAGUGCACGUAUCAACCUUGUCGACGAAACUAAGAAUAAACUACCAAAAAAGCUUUUAUUGGACACAAUGGCUUCUGUUAUGUACCGUGUCAUGCACAUGAGCUACGAAUACGGGUCUCUUGACGAAUGUAUACGUCUCGGAUUACUGGCGUAUUCAUCAAGCAUAUUUCUACAGUGGAGCAACAGAAGGACGUCGUAUCAUCGUUUUUCAACUGCCUACAGAGACCUUUUGACUACCUCGCACUUCUUAGAUCUGUUCCCUAUUCAUUUCCGACUGUGGUUUCUGGUGACUGGGGCUGUUUCAAUAUUCAAGGAGCAUGAUGACCAGUGGCUCAAAUCACAGUUGUUGUAUAUCAUCGAUUCGUGCAAGCUGGAAAGGUGGGAUCAAGUGAAGAAUAUUUUGCAUUCAAUUAUGUGGAUUGACCUGUUGCAUGAUCAUCUUGGAAAAGGAUUCUUCGACAAUAUUGUAACUUAA